UGUCUGUAAUCAACCCUUGUGCCACUGUGUUCCUGGCAUACAAACAACAAGUACAAACAACCUCAAACUCUGUGAUUUAAACCUAGACUGGUCAGGGGUUUAAAGGUAAGCAGAUACCUUAUUUGUCCAAUCAACAAAUCAAAAUGGCUCCAAACUAUUUGUUGCAUCCAGUGUCCUCAGUCAGCUUUGAAGAAAAAAUUAAAUUCUCCGCAAGUCAGCGUCUCUCUUUUGCAAGAAGCAAAUGGUUCACACUCCCCGAGAGUGAGAGUCACGCCGACGUGUGGAGCAUCAAGCCACCAGAUUUCUCUCUUAAACUGUACAGAUCUCUGUCAGUGCCACAGAAGAAAGAAAGAAAGACGCAUUUAAAUCUACCUCAACCAAGUGAAACAAAGAGGAGAACUGGAAUAUUUCUACCAAAUGUUUUACAUGAGAGUCACAAGAGGGAAGCGUCUCCAAAGUUCAUCGCAUCGUACAGGCCUCCUGAUGCUCUGGAAUCUGAGCUGAUGUUUGUCAAGACUGGGAAGUACCGUUCUGGGCCUUACAAGAACCCCAAACCACAUAACUUCAGACCGCUCGAUGAAGGCCUUCCAGACAUAGUUACUACAUAUGAGAGAGAUCCUGGUAACCUGCAUUUGAAAUUAAAACACUUUGACAUCGUCCGGACCACUAGAUCCGAGUCUGACUUAAGUUCAAAGGACACCAAGACAUUGAUGGACACGUACAAACCUGCAGAGCCAAAGUGGGAUGCGAGGCUCAUACUCCCUCAGCUGCUCUGGCCUCCAAAAUCAGCUUCCUACACUAGACACCGACGAAGAAGAGGAGCGUACAGCGCAUUCUUGGACCGCGUGGAGGAGAAACUCUCAGUGUUGUGGGAAAAGAGAUCAUAACUUUAUUUAAAUUUU